AUGGCCAACACAGAUGCACAAGUCGCCACCAUGACUGCUGCCCUGACUCAGGUAGGCGUUCAGUUCCUUGCACAACUCAAAGCACGACAAACAGCAGCAGCAACGGCUGCGGCAGCUGCAGCGCCACCUGCACCUCCUGCUCGUACUGCAGUGUACAACCUUCAUGAUUCCGGACAACCAGUUGACCUAUGCUCUCGCAGUGGUGCCGCCGCCGCAGACAAGGCAUCUGCUAAACUCCCAAUUGAAAUUACAGGCGACAAAGCAGAGAUUAUGAUCUGGAUACAGGCCCUGCAGCGACACUUACAUGGAUGUUGCAGGACCCACGGGCAUUCUAUAUUUUGGUGGCAAGAACCGCCUAACAGACUAUCACUCCAUUCUGAUGACUGA